CAUCUCUCGAAUUUCUAUCCAAACACAGCUUCACGAAGGCAGCCGAUCAUCAUGGCCUCGAUCGCAGCAUCACUGGCCUCGGCCCUCCCGAAACCCAAGUACACUGGCGAAGAUGAGGAAGCUCCCUCACGCGCUCUGCAACGCGGCCCCCGCAUCGUCGGUGCCGGCCAGCUGGACGAGACGCAAAUCGUGUUGAAGCGAUCGGGCCCUCCACCAUACCAACAGCGAGCAGGAUGGCGACCGCGAGGACCCGAAGACUUUGGCGACGGUGGCGCGUUCCCCGAGAUACCGAUCGCUCAAUACCCGCUCGACAUGGGAAAGAAGGGCGCGACGACCAGCAACGCGCUCGCCAUCCAGGUCGACGGCGAAGGCAAGCUCGACUACGGGGCCAUUGCGCGUCAAGGCCACGCCGAAAACCGAAUCGUUCAUACCUCGUUCAAGGAUCUGAUUCCCCUUCGCCAGCGCGCCGACGCGGGCGAAAUCGACCUGAGCCGACCGAGUCAAGAGGAGGUGGAAGCGACGGCGGAAAAGACGAAGAAUGCACUGGCAGCGCUGGUCAGUGGUGCCGUGGCCGCCCAGAAGCCGAAGACACUCAGUGUCGGAAAGCGAAACGAUCCGACAUUUGUGCGAUACACGCCGGCAAAUCAGAUGGGCGACAACUCGACCAAGCAGGACCGCAUUAUGAAGAUUGUAGAGAGGCAAAGGGACCCGAUGGAGCCUCCCAAGUUCAAGCACAAGAAGAUUCCCCGUGGACCACCGAGCCCGCCACCUCCCGUUCUGAGAUCGCCGCCACGAAAGCUGACGGCAAAGGACCAGGAGGAUUGGCGCAUCCCCCCGCCGGUCUCCAACUGGAAGAACCCGAAGGGUUUCACUGUCCCCUUGGACAAGAGAUUAGCGGCCGAUGGACGCGGACUCCAGGACGUGGCGAUCAACGACAAGUUUGCUCAAUUUUCCGAAGCGCUGUACGUCGCAGACAGGCACGCCCGCGAGGAAGUCAGACAGCGAGCAGCAAUGCAACAGCGUCUGGCAGAGAAGGAGAAGGCGCAAAAGGAGGAGAAUCUCAGAAUGCUGGCCCAGAAGGCUCGCGAAGAACGGGCCGGCGGCGGCAGACGGGACUCACGAUCACGGUCACGGUCACGCAGCUACAGCGGCUCAGACUCGGAAGACUCAGACGGUUCGGACGAUUCUGAGAUCCGGGAGAGAGAAAAGGCACGAAAGGAGCGCAUGCGUGAGGAGGAGAGGAAGCUUCGGCAGUCACGUAUGGGUGCCGAGAGGAGAGUGCAGGUCAUGGCAAGAGAGCAAAACCGCGACAUCUCGGAAAAGAUUGCUCUGGGUCUUGCCAAACCUACCCAGUCCAAGGAAACCAUGUAUGACUCGAGACUUUUCAACCAGUCCAGCGGCUUCGACAGCGGCUUCAACGAGGACAACCACUACGACAAGCCGCUUUUCGCCGCACAAGAAGCCAUUGGCAGCAUUUAUAACCCGCGAGCCAACAUGGACGAUGAGGACGACGAGGCAGCAGGUGAUAAGGAAAUGGCCAAGAUCCAAAAGACCAGUCGGUUCGGCGAGGCUUUGGGUAGGGGGACGUUCAAGGGCACAGAAGAUGUCGAGGCGAGAGAGGGACCAGUGCAGUUUGAGAAGGAUGCCGGGGACCCCUUCAACGUGGACAAGUUCCUGUCCGAGGUGGAGCAAAACUCUUCGUCAAAGAGAGGUUAUGGUCUUCAGGACGAUGAUUCUCGGCAGCCGAAGCGGGCGCGAGUAGACGAGGAUGAUGAUUAAACUAGGCCGGUUUUCUUAUUGUUUCCAUAUAGCCAACCAAAAAAGCUUCUUGGCUUCAUUGUACGACAAAGUGGGGGACGUUUUUUGGACUGGCAUCGAGAUGGGCGCCCUUAUUCGGGGCAUCGGAAACAGCCUCGCAAAAUGCAAAAUUGCAAGGCAUAAUGCAGAAAUUGCAGUACAUGCACAAAAUCGAUUCAAGCCCAAGAGACGUGGUGAAGAAACAUUGGAUGAUUGCGUAGACUUCGUGGGCCCUCUAUUGUGUGUUUUAGGGCGGAAAUUCUCUUGACUUUUUGGCUUGAAGCCGACUGGAUGAGUUGGUGUAGCGACGCUGGUUGUUUCAGGGACGGCGAAUUCAUGCGGACUUUUAUCUUCGGACUGGUUGCGGCAAACUCAUGCUUCUCUCUUCCAAGACAAGGCCGAGAACCGGACGAAAGACGGAC